AUGAAAGGCAAACUAAUGUUCUUCGACGAAGUAGCCUGGGACAAAAGCGACGCCCAACUCGCAACCUGGAAAACAUCCCUCCUCAACCCAGAAUCCCUUCAAAAGAUAACCACAUUAAUCAAAACCCACCGCCAAGGCGUAUCAGACCACCUCUUCCCACCGCAAAAAGGCUCCUUCAACAUGGUAAUCCGCCUACGAUUCAUCGACGGCGCCUCAGCCAUAAUCCGCUUCCCAAUCCCAGGCUACUCAAUCUUCCCAGACGAAAAGCUCCAGCACGAAGUAUCGGUGAUGCGCUUUCUCGAGCGACACACAGGCAUCCGCAUCCCACACGUCCUGUACCACGGCAGCAGCGACGAAAGUCCGAACCAACUAGGCCCGUUCAUUAUCAUGGAGUAUAUCGACCACAACGCUGAUCUGGUGGAUGCACUGAACACGCCCGGAAUACCGGACGAAGAGCGGCCGGUUCUCGAUCCCAAUAUCGACGAGAAUAGACUCCGCUCGGUGUAUAACCAGAUGGCGGGGUUGUUGCUGCAGGUGUCGAAACACUCGUUCCCUCGUAUUGGGUGUAUAUCUAAUGCGGCGGAAGAUGAGUUCGAUGACGAGUGGGUUGUUGAGCACAGGCCGUUGAGUAUCAAUAUGAAUGAGCUUGUGCAGGUUGGUGGUGUUGCCGCUGGGGAUUUGCCGGGCGUGACGGAGACGUUUGGUACUGCGCGGGCGUAUUUACUUGCUCUUGCCGAGUUGCAUAUGAGGCAUCUUUCGUCGCAGCGGAAUGAUGCUGUUGACGAUGCGCAGGACUGCCGGAUGAAGUAUAUUGCGCGGCCGGCGAAUGUGCUUGCUAACUCGGACUUUGGGUAUAAGAUAUCCGGGGCUAUUGAUUGGGAAUUUGCUUAUGCUGCUCCGUUGGAGUUUGUGUAUAGUCCGCCGUGUUGGCUGUUGCUUGAGAGGCCGGAGUACUGCGAGGAGGGGAUUGAUGACUGGGAGAGGGUGUAUGAGAGCCGGUUGGGGGUUUUCUUGCAGGAGCUGCGCGUGCGAGAGGAUGUUGAUAUUCGGCGUGGGGUUAUUGGUGAGGAGAAUCGGCUUUCUGGACAUAUGCGGGAGAGCUGGGAUAAUGGGGGGUUCUGGGUUAGUUAUGCGGCGAGGAGGAGUUGGGCUUUUGAUAUUAUUUACUGGGCGAGGAUUGAUCAGAGGUUCUUUGGGGAGGGGAGUUUGGAGGAUCGGAUUGAAUUGUUGACUGUUGAGGAGAGGGAUGGGAUGGAGGCAUUUGUACAGAGGAAGUUAUCUGAGAAGGAGGGGGGUGGUUUAAACAAGCCUCAAUUUGACGUCUUUGACCUUACUUUGAGCUGA